CAUGCGAGUCGCGCCGGUAAUACGGUCUUUCUAGCGCUCGUACUCGCGUUGUACUCGUACUGGUACACGCUCACGCUUUCAUUGAGCUUAGGAUAUAUAGAUUAAUCUCUUCUCUCCAGACUAAAGAUAGCCAUAAACAGGUCUUCAGCCUUAUAUCUGUUACUUAGAAAACAGUUGUAAUCGUUUUUAAUCAUGACGGAGAAGAAAAGCGAAAUUAACGGACACGCUGUGUCCGAGACCGUUAUUCCAGACGUGUCCGUAAAAUCAGAGAAGCGGAAUUUCAAAGAUAAGUUAAUGUCCUUUUUACGUAGAAAUCUUGUCGUGAUUCUGACGGUGUCCGGGGUUCUUGUGGGCGUCGGGCUCGGCGUAAUGGUUCGCAAAAUGAACCUGACGCGAGCGCAGAUGACUUACUUUGCGUUUCCCGGUGAGAUGUUGCUGAGGAUGCUGAAGAUGAUUAUCCUGCCUCUCGUGGUGUGCAGCCUAAUCUCGGGCGCUGCCAGCCUGGACACUCGCUCCCUGGGCAAACUCGGAGGGAUCGCUGUGUCCUACUUUUUGGUCACCACGCUCAUAGCCUCGUCCAUCGGCGUCGCCCUGGCUUUCCUCAUCAAGCCCGGGGUUGGCGCUGGAGCGCUCAACACUAAUAACCUGGCGCUGGAAAGCGUCAGCAACAACAAGGAGACCACCGACUCGUUCUUAGAUCUAGCAAGAAACCUGUUUCCAUCUAACCUGGUAGCUGCUGCUUUCCGCUCAUAUGUUACAGACUACAAGAUGAUUGCAGUGGGAAACACAACAAACGGGACUGUACUCUAUCAAAAGGUGCCAGUGGGAACAGAAGCAGAUGGGAUGAACAUUCUUGGCUUGGUUCUGUUUGCUAUGGUGUUUGGAGUGGCCUUGCGAAAGCUGGGAGCUGAAGGGGAGGAGCUCAUUCGUUUCUUUAAUGCCUUCAAUGAAGCCACUAUGGUACUGGUAUCUUGGAUCAUGUGGUAUGUACCAGUUGGCAUCAUGUUCCUGGUAGGCAGUAAGAUUGUGGAGAUGGAGGAUGUGGUUCUGCUUGUCACCAGCUUAGGAAAAUACAUCUUUGCCUCAAUCCUGGGCCACAUUAUUCAUGGUGGCAUUGUUUUACCUCUUAUCUACUUUGGGUUCACCCGCAAAAACCCCUUCAGUUUUCUCUCUGGCCUGAUUACACCUUUCACCACAGCCUUUGCUACCUGCUCCAGCUCAGCUACACUGCCUGCUAUGAUUAAGUGCGUUGAGGAGAACAAUGGUGUGGAUAAAAGGAUCAGCCGUUUUAUCCUGCCAAUCGGAGCUACUGUAAACAUGGAUGGAGCCGCUAUCUUCCAGUGCAUUGCUGCCGUGUUCAUUGCUCAACUCAACAAUGUCGAUCUCAACGCAGGCCAGAUCUUCACUAUUCUUGUAACAGCAACAGCGUCCAGUGUUGGAGCGGCAGGCAUUCCAGCUGGGGGAAUCAUCACCAUCGCAAUCAUUUUGGAAGCCAUUGGCCUGCCUACCAAUGAUCUGUCACUUAUGCUGGCUGUGGACUGGAUUGUGGACCGUACCACCACUGUGGUAAAUGUGGAAGGUGAUGCUCUGGGUGCUGGGAUCUUGCACCAUAUAAAUGAGCAGGAGAUGAAAAAGCGAAAACAUUUGGGCAGGCAGGAAGAAGAGGAGGAGCUAAAGGAGGUUAAAGUGGAAGCUGUGGCUAAUGUCCAGGCUGAAGAGGAGACCUCACCUCUCGUCACACAAAAACUGGUCGAUGACCGCUCAUCUAACUCUGCUGAUGAAAAGGACGGCAUGGAGUCCACGUUCUAAUCCUACUUUCUUCUAACCACUGAAAGCAGUUUAUCAAUUCAAAGCAUUUCCAAAAUCAAUCCUUGCUUACUCCUCUCUAAAAUCUGGGAAUAUGGGCCAUAUCUCCUGUUGAGAAAUUUACUGUAUAGUUGUUUUGUGCACAAUUAGCACAAAAGAAUGAAGGAGACAGUGAAAAAAAUGGUUACAUUAAUUUUUUUCUUGUGCCAAAACAUGUAUAUUAAUCUUUCUUUUGGGAAAAAUUUCCAUUUUUUACAUGAAGAAGACUAUUCCCUAUUUUGAGUAAUUGUUAAAGGUAGUGAAGAGAAUCAUUUACAGACUGACCUCUUUCACUGGCUCUAUUUAUUUGCUGUAUCUUUACCUCACCUGUGAAACAUUAACGAUUUUGACGAUGGAUAAGAAAACAUUUGGUGUAAAUAUUUGUUUCCCUAAUGGCUAAGUGUCUUAUCACAGGCCAGUUAAACCCGGUCUAAGGACACUGCGAUUUAACGGUGCCUGCAUUGGAAAGUGACUAUCUGAAUACGUCUUCUGGCACAUGAUUUCACUGGUUUCUAAGAAAGUAAUCAUAAUAAUAAGAAAAGCGUCAUUGGGUAUAUUCCAUUUAUGCUCCAUGCUGAUAUUUAAUGUCCGGUUUCUCAUAGGUGUCGACGAAAUGCUAUUAUAGUGAGUAAUGUAGAGACACCCAGUGUUAUAAAUGUGAAAGUACAGUGAUUUUCUUUAUUCUUAUGUUCAGAUGUUAUAGUUGACUUAAACAUUCAGUAGAGCACUAAUAGUACAAAAUAAAAUCACUGUUGUUUGUUUACAUUUCAUUAUUGAUUUGCAACUAAAUGUGAAGUAAUUCAGUUUAAAGUGUUUUUAAAAUAUUGAUUUUAAAUGUAUUAAGAAUUAUAAAUGCUAGGUAAACUCGUCAUUUUACAUAAUUUCUUAUAAUUUUGUUACUUUUAUACAAAAUUUGUUAAACGUAUUUUUCUUAAUCUAAAUGACACGAGCAUUGACUGCCAAAUUGGCAAAACAUGUUAUUGGCUGAUUUAACAUAACAAGUUAAUAAGAUAUUGCCGUUAUCCACAUUUCAAUCUCAAACUGUGACUUAACUAUGUAAUUACUGACCUCUCUCAGCUGUAUCUUUAUGUCAUUAAAUCAAGAGCAAAGUG